AUGCCCGCCGAUGCUCGUUCCGCUGACCGUGUCACAAACUACAACAAGUUCUGGGAGCAAAAAUCUGCCAACGACAACCAGACACAUAGGGCAAACAGAUUAGACCAAUACACUGAGGUCGUAAAUGGUUACUACGACGGUGCCACUGAACUUUACGAGUACGGAUGGGCCGAUUCUUUCCACUUCUGUCGGUUUUACAAGGGUGAAGGUUUUCUUCAAGCUCUUGCCAGACAUGAACACUACCUCGCCUCAAUGAUGCACCUCAAACCUGGUAUGCGAGUACUUGAUGUUGGCUGUGGUGUUGGUGGACCCGCUCGUGAAAUCGCCCGAUUCUCAGACGCUACCAUCGUUGGUCUCAACAACAACGAUUUCCAAAUCGGUCGUGCUACCAACAAAACAAAAAAGGCUGGAUUGAGUGACAAAGUUUCUUUUGUAAAGGGUGAUUUCAUGAAACUGAGUGAACAAUUCGGAGAGAACUCUUUCGAUGCUGUUUACGCCAUCGAGGCAACCUGUCACGCUCCCAAUUUUGAGGGUAUCUAUGGUGAAAUCUUCAAGGUCCUCAAACCCGGAGGUGUUUUCGGUGUGUACGAAUGGUGUAUGACCGACGAAUGGGACGCCUCAAACCCCAAGCACAAGGAAAUCGCUCAUGGAAUUGAGGUCGGUGACGGUAUCCCUGAAAUGCGAAACUUGACCGCUGCUCGAAAUGCCUUGAAGUCCGUCGGUUUCGACAUUGAGCACGAAGAAGAUCUCGCUGAUCGAGGUGAUGUUGUACCUUGGUACUACCCUCUUGAGGGUGACAUCUGGAAGGCUCAAACUGUCUGGGAUAUGUUUACUUGUUGGAGAACAAGCAAAAUGGGUAUCUUCUGCACUCAAAACGCUAUCUGGGCCUUUGAGAAAGUUGGACUUGUUCCCAAGGGAACUCACAGUGUUGGAGAAUCUCUCAUUGUCGCCGCUGAUGCUCUCGUUGCUGGAGGAAGAACCAAGCUUUUCACACCCAUGGCCUUGUGGAUUUCUCGAAAGCCCGCCAACUAG